CUGAAUAGAACAUGCUUCACAACUCUCUCUCUCCUUAUUUAAUUGUUCACUUAGUCUACUAUUGAUCUCCCACCAUGGGGAAUUGUCUUCCUCUGCCUUCUUCUUCUUCUGAUCUUUCCAUUAAGAGAAAGGCUUUAGCUAUUACAACAAUGUUCAAUCUACCAUCUCCAUUGCCAUCUUGGCCACCAGGUAAGGGAUUUGCUAGUGGAAGCAUAAAUCUAGGAGGGCUAGAAGUGUGUCAAGUCUCAACCUUCACCAAGGUUUGGGCCACCCUUGAGGGAGGACCGGACAACCUCGGCGCCACCUUUUUUGAACCUUCCUCGAUACCGGCCGGCUUCUUUAUGCUUGGCUGCUAUAGCCAACCCAAUAACAAGCCUCUUUUUGGGUGGGUUCUUGCCGGAAAAGACGACGGCAAGAAUGCCUUAAAGAUGCCGGUGGAUUAUACUCUUGUUUGGAGCAGUGAGUCUCUGAAAAUUAAGCAAGAUGGAAAUGGCUAUAUUUGGUUACCAACCCCACCUGAUGGUUAUAGAGCCUUGGGUCAUGUUCUCACAAGUUCACCGGAGAAGCCACCCCUCGACAAAAUCCGAUGUGUCCAUUCCGACCUUACCGAUCAAUGCGAGGUCGACACGUUGAUUUGGGGAGCAGAUAAGGAGAGCAGCUCAAAUGGAUUGCAGAUUGAUGUCUAUGGUUUAAGACCCACUACUAUAGGGACCCAAACUCAAGCUGUCCAUACAGGGACCUUUAUAGCUCAAGUUGGAGACGUGGCUUCUUCUUUACCUGUGGCUUGUUUAAGAAAUAGUGGUUCUAAUUUGUCAGCAAUGCCUAAUCUGAAACAAAUUGAGGCUCUAGUACAAGCAUAUUCUCCAUGGAUCUACUUCCAUCCUGAUGAGCCAUAUCUCCCUUCUUCAGUGAGCUGGUUCUUCAAUAAUGGAGCUUUGUUGUACAAGAAAGGUGAAGAAUCAAAGCCUGCUUUGAUUGAUUCAAAUGGGUCUAACCUUCCCCAAGGUGGUUCCAAUGAUGGAACCUAUUGGUUGGAUCUUCCUGUAGAUGGAGGAGCUAAAGAGAAGGUGAUGAAAGGAGAUUUACAAAGCAGUCAGGUUUACUUGCAUGUAAAGCCAAUGUUUGGUGCCACAUUCACUGAUAUAGCUAUAUGGGUUUUCUACCCAUUUAAUGGAGCUGCAAAGGCUAAGGUAGGACUGAUUAAUAUUUCAUUAGGUAAGAUAGGGGAACAUGUUGGAGAUUGGGAACAUGUUACACUCAGGAUUAGUAAUUUCACUGGUGAGCUUUCGAGAGUCUAUUUCGCAGAACACAGCAAAGGAACAUGGUUGGAUGCCUCCCAAGUAGAGUUUGAAGGUGGGAAUAAGGUUGUAACUUAUUCAUCCUUGCAUGGCCAUGCAUUCUAUUCGAAAGCCGGACUAGUUCUUCAAGGGAACACUAAACUUGGAAUUGGAAUAAGGAAUGACACCGCCAAGAGCAAAACCGUCAUGGAUACAGGAGUGAGGUCUGCUAUUGUCUCGGCCGAGUAUUUGGGUACUGUUGUCGAACCCCCAUGGCUGAACUAUGCUAGGGAAUGGGGUCCCAAGAUUAGCUACAACAUAGCUGAUGAGUUAAAGAAGGUGGAGAAAUUUCUACCUGGUAAACUGAAGACUGCAUUUGAGAAUGUCAUUCUGAGUCUCCCAGAUGAAGUGCUAGGGGAAGAAGGACCUACUGGCCCUAAGAUGAAGAAUAGUUGGAAUGGAGAUGAAGCUUGAUUUUCAGCUUCCUUGAACCUUAGUUAUUGUUCAUGUAGUUGUACCAUACCUUGGCUGAUGAACUUUGUCUGGAUUUGUAGCUUUUUUGUUUUGGGAGAUCUUAUGUACUUUCUACUAGAAAAGAAAAAGCAUAUAUAGUUGUACUAUCUAACAAAUGGUCCUUAAAUGUGAUGACAGUGACAUUGAGGUAUCUACAGUUGCAAUUCUGCAAGUCAUUACUUAACAAGGCGAAAUUCUUAUGAGGGCUGAAA